CAUAAUCACUUAUGGGGAGGUGGUCGCUUACGAGAGUUUAGACCAUAUUCGGUCAACAUUUGGCUAGAUUAGAAUAGGGUAGCUUUAAAGACUGACCCCAUGCAACAAUGCCAAUGCAUUGUUUUAUUAAGGUGAAAAGUCAAUUACAAGCAAAAAAAUCCGCCUCUUCCCAUUGAGAGAUUACCUUCUCUAGUACAACCCAGGAAUACGAUAAUGUUGCAACACCCUAUCAUCCAAUUUCCUCCCUAUUGUCUGUCAACUGGUCGCUCACGGCAGGUUAAGAAUGCAAGAAAAUUUAGUCACGGUCGCUUACGAGAGGUGGUCGCUUACAAGAGGUUCCAAAUAUAGUUAUUUGGCUGGGUAACUUUUGGUAUUUUUGAAAACUGGUUGCCGAGGAUAGGUUGUCGCUUACUAGAGGUGGUCGCAACCGGAGGUUCGACUGUAGGAGUUUAGUUGUUAAGUGGUGAUUCCCUGUCUUUUAUUCCGAAGUAAGUUCCUUUCAGGACAACGGACCUCGACGGCGACAGAACAGUGUCGGGAGAUUCGUAGAACAGGUAUGUUAUUAGCUAUAGAAAGUUUAUUGUUGUGUGCAAAACCAAACGGCACUUUUAUUCAAAUUGUGACUCAGCAUGUAAAAAUGACUCAAAAUUCAGGGCGACAAGGUCGGUGGAUAAGCGAAAAACAAGAAGCAAUUAGAUCAUUCAUAAGACUGGUGGCUAAAUUAAAGGUUAUCAAACGUUUCAAAUAAAGAAUGGUGGUUUGUUUCUUGCUUUGUGUGUUUUACAGGUGGUUUAUGUACUAACCAGUACAGACUAAACUGAAAAAUGACAAAACUAGAAACACUAGAUAUCGAUCUACAGUAAGCUGACUGGCAUGAAAUCCUGUCUUUGUAAGACCACCUGGUAUUCGCGAUAAGAGGGCAACAUUUUUAAGAUCUUCGGCAAGAAUGGUAACCUUGGCAUUUAUUAUAACAGUACUUCUGGUGAAUUUGGCUGCAGGAUGUGAAAAAGGAUGGAGAAAGUUUGACAACAAAUGCCUCAAACUGUUUAACGAGAGUAAAUCAUGGCAUGAAGCAGAGAAGUCGUGCGAAAGAGCUGGAGCUCACUUGGUAAAAGUUGAAUCGGAAAAGGAAAACGACUUCUUGCUGCACACAUUCAUGCAAAUACCAAUUGGCAAAUUGAACCGAGAGGCAUGGAUUGGACUUUCAGAUAAAGAAAAGGAAGGCGAAUUUAUGUGGACAGAUGGUACAAGCACGAAGUAUUCCAACUGGGCUGCGGAUCAACCCAAUAACGAGGAUGACGAACAGGACUGUGGCGAGAUUGUAAACGGAGUCUUUUGGCCUGGAGGAUUAUCACAAAUUGGACUUUGGAAUGAUUACCAGUGCCAUAUAAGACUGAUGUAUAUCUGCCAAGAAAACAAUAAAUAAAUGUAUAAACGCAUAAACAAACAGACAGACGGACAGACAGACAGACAGACAGAAAGACAGACAAAGCUACGAAAAUGAACUGAAUUAAACUGCAGGAUAACUGAGCGAAUGCAAUUUGAUGCUAUAUGUGCAUGGAUUAGAAUUCCGUUUACACACCCAUAUUGAACAACUUUUACAAAGUUAUAACUUAUUCAAUUGGAAAUUUUUCCUCUAUGUCAAAAUGAGUCUUCGUGCAAAACCUUUCAUUUGAGAGCAAACAUCACAUCGUGUUGGCAAGCCGGAUAAAUUCAUAUUGAUACAAUUCUGGAAAAACCAAAGUUUCCUUGCACGUAUAACAAUCGAUUCUCCUCGACUUUUUUGACAUUGAGAGGAAUGUAACGGAAACUUUUCUCGAACAAAACUCCACGCGAAAAAGUAUUAAAGAGAGAUACGUCUUUAAUACUUAUCUUUACUAUGCUUUUCUUAAAAUCAUCGUUCAUAUUUGUUGAAACUGAUCUACAUUUGUGGUCAUUUUCUAACUGUAAACUGCCGUCGCUAUGGCUGUUGCUACGUAAAAAAAAAAUUAUACCACUGAAUUUCGAAUUCUCACUCAUCUAGAGCAAAAUUCAGCAAUCGUUUCAAAAAGCUUUGUACCAGUGUUCAAGGGUUUUAAAUCUAACAUUUUCAAAAAAAUUGAUUUUUUUUCCUGAACAUCGUCAUGCUUUAGCCUAUCGAGCCACCUGAAGAAAAAGAGAGGGAGAGAUAGAACGACAAAUAAGGACUAGGGGUUGACACAUUAUGCUCCUAAAAUCGAGCAUUAUGCUUUUUGGCACUGCCCCCAAAACGGACUAUUAUGCUCCAAAUUAUGUUCGAUUGUAUCUAUUGUAAUCGUAAUUAUGCCGCAAAAUUUUUUUCCCGGACCCCGGUGAGUUAUAAUUAUGCCGUAAAAUUUUUUUUCCCGGACCCCGGUGAGUCAUAAUUGUGCCGUAAUUUUUUUUUUCCGGGACCCCCGUGACGUGCGAUAAUAGAAACCACUUUGCCUAAAGUGCUCAAUAGUAAUGGAAACCAUGUAGAACAUUAAAAUAGCUUGAAAUUUUGUACUUUUAACUUAAUAAAUGGACAAUAGUAGCUCUAAAAAAGGAAAUAACUGUUAUGUUGCAAAAUGGUACUAUUAUGCCGUCAAAAAAGCACUAUUAUGCCGGCAAAAUGCACUAUUAUGCCGGCAUUAUGCUCGAUGCUCCACAUAUAGUAUUAUGCUCGAAGUUAUGCCGGCAUAAUGUGUCAACC